AUGAAAGGUUUGAAUUAUAAAUUUCCUCAUUCUAGAUAAGAUUCAGGAUAAGCAAAUAGAGGCGAUAAAAGCUUAGUUAAUCAAGGAAACCAAGGAGCCUAAAAUAUACAUAAUAAUAGGUAAAACAUAUAAUAUACGAUUAUUUAUUAGAUGGAAUGAACACAACGAUCAUUCUCCAUCUCCAUUGAUGCAUGCUAUGUAGAAGAUUUCAGUAUAGUCUAGUUAAUCUACAUCUGCAAAUCAUUCUAAAAAAUCUUCUAUUUCUAAACCUAAAUAAACUCAAUAGAUGUCAUUUCUAAACUAUUUAAUUCUUAAAAAAGAAGAUGAAGAACAAGAGAAAUAAGCAAUUCAACAAUAACAGAAUUAACAUAAACAAUAAUAAUCAUAAUUCAUGUAAAAUAACUACUUUCCAAAUGAAGUUAUAGUUUAGAGAAAUAUGUUUAAUUUUUUAUAUGUUAUUGGAAUUGGUGGGUUUGGUAAAGUUUGGAGAGUUGAACAUAAAAAAAAUGCUUAAACUUAUGCUAUGAAAGAGAUGUCUAAAGCUUUGUAUUAAUAUAUUUUCAUAUAAAAAAGGAUCAUUGCUAAAAAAAGUGUAAAUUCUGUUAUGAAUGAAAGAAGUAUAUUAAGUAACCUUAAACAUCCGUAAUAAUUAUUCAUAUUUAAACUCUAGCUAUCUAGUUAAUAUUUACUUUGCUUUCUAAGAUAGAGAAAACUUAUUUUUAGUAUUAGAUUAUAUGUAAGGAGGAGAUUUGAGAUAUCACAUAGGAAGAAUGCGUCGAUUUAGUGAAGAUCAAACAAGUAAGUUUUCAUUGUACAACCAAGAGGAUUUUUUAUGGCAUGCAUCUUUCUAGGAUUAGAACACAUGCACUCUAAAAAUAUUAUACAUAGAGAUAUCAAACCAGAAAAUUUGGUAUUAGACAAAAAUGGUAAUAAUACUAUCAAAUUAAAAGGAUAUGUUAGAAUUACUGAUUUAGGUAUUGCUAGAGUUUUGAGACCUGAUAAUGCCUAAGAUACAAGUGGAACACCUGGAUAUAUGGCUCCUGAAGUUAUGUGUAGAUAAAACCAUUCAUAUGCUGUUGAUUAUUUUGCCUUAGGAGUCAUUGGUUACGAAUUUAUGCUUGGCAAAGUAUUUAAUUUUAGAUUAGAAUAGAGACCUUAUACAGGAAGAUCUCGUAAAGAAAUUAGAGAUUAAAUAUUGGCUAAGCAAGUCUAAAUUAAAAGAUCUGAAAUACCUGAUAAUUGGUCUCUUGAAUCUGCUGAUUUUAUAAAUAGAGUAAACAUUAAAUUAUCAUAUUCAUUUUAGUUAAUCUAAAGAAAACCUGCAAAUAGAUUAGGUUUUAAUGGUCCCUAAGAAUUGAGAUAGCAUUCCUGGUUUAAAAAUUUUCCAUGGUAAAAGCUCUAUAAUAAGGAAUUAAAAGCACCGUUUAUUCCUCAUGUAAUUCUGAGUUUUUAAGUAAAUUUAGCAAACAGAGGAUAAUUUCGAUGCUAGAUAAAUAUCAAUUGAAGAUGAAGAAAAUAAUGAAUUGAUUCAACAAAAUGCUAUAAUGUUAAGGAGAAAUUCAAUUUAAGGUAUAAAAAGCUCUAUAAUUAGCACUAUUUAAUGGAUAUGAACUCGAUAAUUUUACUUAAGCAAAUGAACCUAUAAAGUAAUAACUCAACAAUAGUAAUUAUUGA